CAGACUUUCAACUUGCUGAAAGUGAGCUUUAAAAAAACAAAAUGGGGGAUUGCUACAAUUGUCGUUAUUGCAAAGAUUCCCUCCAUGGCAAGAAAUACAUCUUGCGAGAGAACAACCAGUAUUGUAUCAAAUGCUAUGAAAAUCUCUACUCCAAUACAUGUGAAGACUGCAAGGCACCAAUCGGCAGUAAUUGCAAGGAUUUGUCCUACAAGGAUCAUCACUGGCAUGAACAAUGUUUCAAGUGUGCUAAGUGUGGCCAUCCUCUUGCUGAGAAACCUUUUGCUGCCAAGGAUGAUAAUCUCCUGUGCAUGGAAUGCUAUUCUGAUGAGUACUCUUCAAAAUGCUUCAACUGCAAAAAGACCAUCAUGCCUGGAUCUCGUAAAAUGGAAUACAAGGGAAACAGUUGGCAUGAAACUUGCUUUGCUUGUGAACGCUGCCAGCAGCCAAUAGGAAUCAAGCCUUUUAUCCCUAAGGAAAAUGCUAACUACUGUGUACCAUGCUAUGAGAAGCAGUUUGCUCACCACUGCUCAUCCUGCAAGAAGGCAAUAACCACUGGAGGUGUGACUUACCAUGACCUACCAUGGCACAGGGAGUGCUUUUUGUGUACUGGAUGUAAAAUGCAGCUGACAGGUCAACAUUUCACCUCGAGGGAUGACUUCCCUUACUGCCUGGAUUGCUUCAGGAAUCUCUUUUCCAAAAAGUGUGUUGCCUGUUCCCAAGCAAUUGCUGGUUUUGGAAGCUCAAAGUACGUCUCAUUUGAGGAUCGCCAAUGGCACAAUGAUUGCUUCAACUGCAACAAAUGUGCCAUUUCCUUGGUUGGGCAGGGAUUUCUCUCAAAACGUGAUGCUGUCCUUUGUCCUGAAUGUGGUCGAGAUGUUUAA